AUAUCUCCAUGUCUCCGAUCCCAUCCACGGAGCCAUGUCGCCACGCGGUGCCCUGCUGCUUACGUGCCUGGAUGGGAUACAAUGUUCUCCAGCAAUUACAGCAAACGCCGACCGAAUAUUGAUGCUGACGAUAUUCGAUCGUAUCGCGAUAUCCUGGGCGUAUCCUGAGCAAGGUGACGUGUUGAGUGCUGCGAGCACAGCACUCGGUACAACGCGAGUCCGGCCUGUUCGCAUGCAAGCAAGCACGCUUUGGGUAUGGUGGGUUACGAGGCACCCACAGCAGUCAGGCGUCACCGGCGACUGCCCAAGUGAAGCAAGUCGGGCGCCACAGCCCGCUCGGUGUGUGGGCAUCCAUACCGCUUGCAUUGGUGCACUUGCACUUCAGCCCAGCUCAGCAGUGCAUCCAUCACCUUCCGAGCAUCCGUCACCUUGCGCGCAAGCCCCGGUCCGCUCCGAGGUCCACAAGCGAUAACGAAUUGCUCGGCUAUCACCAGAGACAUACCAGAUUCACUCCGAUCUGUGGUCACCGUCGCAAUCUUGCAUUUUGUCUAUUCAGCUAUUGAUGCUGCCAAACGGCUAGACUAUAGCUGGUUCAGAAAAUCAGAUUGUAGCAAACGAGUACAUGUGGCAACGUGGGAGCGUGGGAAGAUGCAAACAAGUCGACGAUCAACAAACACACAAGGCUCUAGAUCUGCCACUCCGGAUGCAUGUGCUUGGCGAUCCGCUGGGGCGGAGCCACCUGUCAUGUCC